AACUCCGACUUGAUGUUCCCUCUUCUUCCCCAACGGAUCGAUCUCCGUUCUUCCCGAUCCAUGCGAGCUAUCGUACCUUCGAUCCGAGAUGGGGGUCAAGAACUUGUGGGACAUCUUGGAAUCGUGCAAGAAAACCCUCCCCCUUCACCACCUUCAGAACAGGAGGCUGUGCGUGGAUCUCUCUUGCUGGCUGAUCCAGUUCCAGAAUGCCGGACGCUUGCCGGCAUGCUCGAAGGAGAAGAUCUAUCUUCGCAAUCUCUUCCACCGUCUCAGAGCCCUAAUAUCCCUCAACUGUAGCCUCAUCCUAGUCACAGAUGGGUCAAUUCCUUCCAUUAAAUUGUCCACUUAUAGACGGCGGUUGGGUUUGUGUGAGGUUAUACAAUACGACACAAACUCCCAACCGAUGCCAUCAGUUUCGCUCCGUAGAAACAUGGGUUCUGAAUUCUCAUGUAUGAUAAAGGAAGCAAAAGUUCUUGGAACAGCUCUUGGGGUCCCCUUCUUAGAUGGACUAGAGGAAGCCGAAGCACAAUGUGCAUUGCUGAAUGUUGAAUCCUUAUGUGAUGGAUGCUUCAGUACUGAUUCUGAUAUAUUCCUUUUUGGAGCUAGGACAGUAUAUAGAGAUAUUUUUCUUGGCGAGGGAAGCUAUGUUACCUGUUAUGAAAUGGAAGACAUAGAGCGACAACUUGGAUUUGGAAGGAAUUCGCUGAUUUCUCUCGCUCUUCUACUCGGCAGUGACUAUUCUCAGAGAGUUCAUGGGUUUGGGCCUGAAUCAGCAUGCCGGAUUGUUAAAUCUCUUGGAGAUGACUCUGUCCUCCAUCAAUUUAUUUCUGAGGGAUUGAAGAUAGCAAGAGUUUAUAAAGGAAGAAAGAAGAUAACAAAGGAACUUAGGUCUAAUGUGAACAAUGAGAACAAACAUGGCAACCAACAAAGUGUUUGUGCAGAAGCACAGAAUGCAGAAUCAGAUGGUCAAUACCUGGAUGUUAUCAAUGCUUUUCUGAAGCCAAAAUGUCAUUCAGCUGAUUCUGAAGCAGUGAAAAGGGUUUGCACCCAACAUCCUUUCCAACGUGUGCAACUUCAUCAUGUCUGUGAGAAGUAUUUUGGUUGGAGCCCUGAUAAAACAGACCAAUAUAUCCUCCCCAAGAUUGCUGAAAGAGAUCUUAGGCGGUUUGCUAAUCUACGUUCCACAUCAUCUGAGUUAGGAGCAAGAAUUCCUUUACACAUGAUGCCAGUUCCUUGCCCUGUCUCUGCUAUAGUAAAACUGAGAAAAGUGCAAGGACAGGACCACUAUGAGGUUUCUUGGCAAGGCAUUGAUGGGCUUGGGAACUCCAUUGUCCCUGCUGAUUUGAUUGAGAGUGCUUGCCCGGAAAGAAUUGCUGAAUACAUGGAAAAGAAAGCUGAAGUAAAGCAGCAGAAUAGAAAGCCAAGAAGAUUGACUAAAGCUCUGGUAAAUCAGAUCGAUCUCCAGCUCCAAGGCCUGUUGCUCAGUAUCGAAUCACAAAGUAAAACCCUUCCUGAAACAGCCAAUUGUCUGCCACCACCGAGUGCAGCCCCUGAGGUCAUCGACCUCUGCAGUCCUUCCCCACCACUCCGCGCCUGUCAGGUUGCCAAAUACCAGAAGUCUAUUGACAUUCAUGUGAAUGUAAUCGACAUACAUGAGUCAGACAAUGAUGCAUCCCCUGAGCAUGAGAGGAAGGCAAGAGAGCUUAGAUUAUUUAUCGACAGUAUUAGAGAAGAUCUUUAUUAGAACUUUCACCAAGUGUGUUUGUUGUAUUGUAAUACCAUAAGUUGCCAUUGUCUCUAA